AUGGCCCUUAUCCACAAUGGGGCCGUGGAGACAGUUGUUCGGGUGCCUGGAUUAACCAGAUUAGCAUAUGAUCGCAAAGCAGAGAACCGAGCAGAGGAUGUCGGGGCCUACAGUGAGUGCUACCUGUUGGCUGCCAUGGCUUAUGACUGCUAUGUGGCCAUGUCUAACAUGUUGCUUUAUUCCCAGGCCAUGUCCCCAAGGUUAUGGGUCAGUCUUAGUGCAGCUUCCUACUCUAGUGGCUUUGUGAAAGCCAUCACCAGUGAAACAUUUACCUUGAGCUUCUGUGGGAACAAUGUCAUUGAUGAUUUCUUUUGUGACCUGUCCCCCCUUGUCAAGUCGGCCUGUGAUGUGAACGAAAGCUACCAAGUUGUCCUGUAUUUCAUACUUGCCUUCAACAUCAUCAAUCCCACCAUGCUUAUCCUUGCCUCCUAUCUCUUCAUCAUUGCUGCCAUCUUGAAGAUCCACUCCACCCAAGGCUGCUCGAAGGCCUUCUCCAGCUGUGGUUUUCACCUGACAGCUGUCACCUUGUACUAUGGGUCAAUUCUCUUAAUUUACACUGGGCCAAGGAACAUGACCCUGGUUAUCUUAAUUCGUAUUGAUUCCCAUCUGCACACACCUAUGUAUUUUUUCAUCGGCAGUCUCUCUUUCUUGGAUUUCUGGUACACCUCUGUGUACACUCCCAGAAUCCUGGCUACUUGUAUCUCAGAAGAUAAGCACUUUUCCUUAGCUGAAUGUGGCACCCAGCUAUUCUUUUCUUGUGUCGUAGCCUACACUGAGUGCUUUCUCCUAGCAGUCAUGGCAUAUGACCGCCACAUGGCAAUCUGUAACCCGCUACUCUAUUCAAGUUAUAUGUCUCAUUCUGUCUGUACCAGACUUGUUGUUGGCUCCUAUAUAGGAGGGUUCUUGAAUGCCAUAGCCCAUACCACCAACACUUUUCGCCUGAGUUUCUGUGGCAAAAAUAUCAUUGACCACUUCUUCUGUGAUGCACCACCACUAGUGAAGAUGUCAUGUACAGACACCAAGGUCUAUGAGGAGGUCGUCUUGGGUCUCGUGGGUUUCACGGUCCUCUCAAGCAUUCUUGUCAUCAUAAUUUCCUAUUUCAACAUCCUUCUGGCUAUUCUGAGGAUCCGCACAGCUUCAGGAAGGCGCAAGGCCUUCUCCACCUGUGCUUCACACCUCAUCUCAGUCAUGCUCUUCUAUGGAUCUUUGCUCUUCAUGUACUCAAGGCCAAGUUCCACGUACUCCCUGAAGAGAGACAAAAUGGCUGCCCUGUUCUACACUGUGAUCAACCCACUGCUCAACCCUCUUAUCUAUAGCCUGAGAAACAAAGAUGUCAAAGAGGCCUUCUGGAAAGCAACAAAGACCAUAAGACCUCAGAGAUGA